AUGGGAAAGAAAGCAUGGGCAAAGAAAAUCAAACCCACUUCAACUCGCAGGGAAGAAACUCCAGAAUCACCACCGCCGCGGGAAGGACGGCCGCCGAGCCCACAACCAGAACCGCAACUACCGGAGCCGACUCCUCAUGCGCCAACAAUGGUCUGCUUGGAUGCAAUGGCAGAAUUCAUUCGACAGCAGGACCCUAAUAGAGAUUGGGCGGCGGCGCUGGCCGGUUUUAGUCAAAUCAAGGGAAAAGGGAGCAUGACCGGAGAAACCCCAUCUGAACCGAUUGUGCAAUCCACGGUACAACCACCCAGCUCCAUUCCGACUUCCUCCGAAAUUCCACCAGGAAGAGAAUCUCCCUCAAUUAUCGCACCGCCUGAGUCUGCACAACCCUCCCAAACUCCACAACAGAGUGAUUCGAUGGAGGUUGACCCCAUCUCCGCCCAUUACCAUUCCGGCUCAGAAGAACGUGAAGCGAGAAGAAGAGAGGAGGAAAAGGGCCAGAAGGGAGGCAAUUUGGAUGGAGUGAAUCAGAGGGAAGAUGAUACUGCCACGAUGGUUGAGGAUUUGGACCUCACAUCUAGGGCAGUAGGAGAGAAAGAGCCAGAGUUAGAAACUCCCCAGACAGAGGUGGGGGAGAGUGAUGAGCAUAUUGAGGAAGAGUCAGUACCAAGAGCGGAAGUACCAGAACCAGUAGCACCUCCGGUGACGAAACCAAAGGCAGUCAAGAGGAAGUUGGUAUUGAAGCGCUAUCCGAGGGUAGAGAGGCUGAAGCCAGAGAGGGUAUCACAAAGAUGUCUCGGAAAGUGGGCAUCUAGCAAGGCGAACCCAAACACAGAGGCAGAUCCGGUGGAGAUCUUGAGUGAUGAGGAAAGGGCUACUCCCAUGAAACCUGGGGAGGAGUUUUUACCUACUACUGACUUAGAGGAUACUAGAACCCCACCAAGCCGCAGGGAACAGAGUGAUAGCGAAUACGCUAUCAGUGAAGAGUCGGACUCAGAUAGCGACAUAUCCUUGGAGAAUGAGGACUGCAGUGAGCAACAACUCCCGCGCGAUCAUCGGGAGCUAGUGCACCCCCCGGUAGAGAGACUGCGUUACCGGCGCUGGUCAGUAGACCUUACUGACAAUCUGGUGGAGGAAAUGAAGUUAUUCGACUCUAAGAAGCUACAAAAUGUCUUUGAUGGCAAGGAUGAAGGGAGUAAGCAGGAGUUGGGAAAGGGGAAGCUAGUGAGAGAAGCCGGACCGAGUGGCCACGGAGGCCGAACUAAUGAACCACGAGUAUCAGAGGAGGUAGUACCCGAGACAGAAGAAGCAGAGCAGAAAGAAGAAGCGGAACAAGAGGAAUCCGAGGAAGAACCAUCCAGAAACGAGGAAGAGGAUUUGGAAGAACCACCUGCACCAGUCCCUGCACCGAGGAGGAGCUGGAGAAACGCGUGA